UUAAUACCAGGUGAAGUAGCCUUUUUUUGUUGCUGCUGACCAGCAGAUGGCAAUAUAAUCCACAGAUUGACUCCAAAUCGUUUACUUCAGAGAAGUGCAAUUUUGCACAACUAGCCAAAAGCAUAUCAUUAAAGAAAUGUGUGAAUCACUACAGUACAGUACAGCAUGUCGUCUCGUGCAGGGUGCUGAUUUAGUCCGUCAGUAUCCCACAAUGCUAUGGGUAGAAGCGGCAGUAAGGGGAUUGGCGGCGGGAUUAAAAGUGACAAGAGCGUUGUUGUUGUCGUUACCCAGAAACAGAGUGGACGAUCGCACUGUUUACCAAGAGAAACUGGCACUUACGAGCAUGGCGUUUAGUAAGGAUUCUUGAAGAAGAACUGGGGCAUUUAGUAAGGUCAAGAAUAUACUUUUGCAAUGAAGAAUAAGAAAAUUAAGACCAGCACAUUAGGAAGCAAGAAAAAGAAAGCUGCCAGCGAUGUCUCCCCAUCUACUGGUCUCCCGCCAUUAGUAGAAGGCCAGCUGCGGUGCUUUCUAAGGGUGACAGUCAGUAAAAUCUUAUGGACGAUCCAGAAACCCCCAGCUGCACCCCGUGUCAGACUGAAGUGGUGGGGUGAGUUGUCAGAUGGGACCUGUUUCCGCCCCAGAGACAGCUCUCAGAAGGAGCAGAAAGGAGUUAAGACAACGGCACGCUUUGCUAUUCGCUGCGGCCCGAAGCAGUUCACCUCCUACCUUGCAGAUAUGGGUAUGCUGGUGCUAGAUGUGGUGACCAAACCGGACCAUCUUCCUAUUGGACGGGUACAAGUCAGUGGGAUAUCGCAGCUCUCUCCAACCCACUCCAUCAGUGGGUUUUUCACAGUAGUGUCUCCAACGUCUGAGAAGCUUGGAGAAUUACAGGUAUCCCUUGCUCUUGAACCCUUGUCUGAAACAUAUGACAGUAGCAGUUCUAUUCCAACCACUGAUAUGAGCAUAGACACUGCAAUGGCAGCGCUGUCAAAGGGUGCUUCUCGUGAAAACCAAUUGGUGGUACCUCCUCAGCCACUUCGACUUUCUAUUAACAGCACCAGUGGAAGGGAUUCUGUGGGAAGCAGUGCAUCAAAUACCCCAAGAGGUAAAGACCACUUAUACUUUCAAGAAAACACUAGAGUCCCAAAAGAUACUUCUUCCAGUGCAAGACCUGAAGAUGCAGUGGAGAGCUUGAGACCAGCCUCCCCCCACCACAGGCUUGUACAGUUUUCUCAAGAGACCGAAACUCAUGUCUUACCAGCAAACAGCCAAGCAUCCAAGGAUCUCAUCUCAGUGCUUUUGGAUCGUGGCAGCAAACUCAGGAAUGCUAUGGUGGUUUCUGCUCUGCAGUCUGACCUGGAUGCUGAACCUGCAUUGAAGGACAUUCACCUGCCUCUGCCAAAUGAUACUGUUAGGAAACCAGUAUCUGUGUCCUCUAUGCCUUCAUUGGGCAAGCUGCUUGAGAAUCUGCUUGACCCUGAUCCAAAUCUCAAACCCACGCAAGUUAACCUCUUGCCUUUGUCAGAAUACCAAGACCAAGAAUAUACACUUGACACAGAGAACAGAGCAAUUCAGCUGCUCCUGGGCAGUGUAAAUUCUUCCCCGUUACAACACUGGGAUGGAACCGGUUCCCCUCCUGAGUCCUUGUCUGGUGGCAGCAGUAUCUAUGAGGAAAGUGAACUGAGCGAUCCGCAUUAUGACCAGAGCCUGCUGGAGAACCUGUUCUAUAAGGCUCCUAAAUCUGACACCAGCCUGAGUGAUUUCAGUAGUGAAGAUGAUGAAAUCAAAUCUGCAAAAGGAAAACAGAAGAUUUCAAGAGGUCACGCAGGACAUCAUCCAGACCGACCCAAACAGUCACUUCAGGCUCCUGAUAGCAAAAAUGAAUGUUCAUUCCCAGAAGGAGCCACAUUGACCUCUGGAAAAGAGCCGUCCAGCUCCAUUGACCUGAGUGUGGACAGACUGACACUGUUAGGUCGGAUACACCUGGCCAGGGUUAUAAUUGAAACUCUGAAAAUCCCCCCAGACAGCACCCAGACAACGCCAAGUAAAAAAGCUGGCAAAGGAAAACCACCAAGACCUGUUUCAACUAGAAAAUGCACCUAUUUUGUGGAGUACCACUUCCCUGUGGCAUCUUCAAGAGAAGAGGCUGGUCAGGUGUCCAUGAAAACUGAAGUUGUAAGGGUAGCCUCCAGCAAAAUUAUAGGAGGAGUUGUGACGUUUCAGCAGCGGUUUGUGUUCCCACUGCAUUUCAGUGGUGUGAUGACAGAGCAAUGGUGGAACAUGGACCUCGAAUUUAAAAUCUAUGCUAGAAAAAGCACACAGAAGAAGCCUGUUCCAAUUGGAACAGCUCGUUUCCCAUUACGGAAAGUCAUUCAGUCUGAACUCCUGAGUCUGUCUACUGAGCUGUCUGUCUUCAGGCUGGAUGGAGAAAAACAGGAACUUGGGCCUUUAAAGGUUUCUUUUGAGCUGGCUGCAGACAACAAGGAUUUCUCUACUGCCAGGUCCCAAUGUGCAGGAUUUUCUAAAGCCCCUUCAUAUGCUGUUACCAGUCCUGGACACAAGACCGUAUCUCUUCCUGAUAACGAGAGUAGUCAACAGCUGGGCACUGAUGGUGCCAAUGCCUCUGUCCCUGUCAAAGCACACAGCAAGGCCAGAAACAAGACCCCUCAAACCAUGAAGGAAUUGCAGAGAGAAAAUGGGAUUCAGCUGAACCCACCUUACUGUUCAGCAGUACGGAAUUUAAAUAGACAGUUCAGUGCACUGCGUGCAGAAGAGGAGGAUGGAGUCUUGCUGCAUGUUUUGUUGAUGGUACCAGAGGGAAAGGAUUUUACCACAGCAGCAAUGCAGCCAUGCAAUUUGUAUUUAAACUGCAAACUGUUUGGUACAGAUGAAGCAACAAGGUCUCCUGUCAUUUGGGGACAAAAUCAGCCAACAUUUAACUUCACACAAGUGGCUCCUGUGACGCUGGCCUCCAGACUGCUGGAGAGAAUGAAGAACAAUGUGAUGGUGAUCGAGGUGUGGAAGAAAGUGCCAAGUCCAGCACAGGACAAGCUGGUGGGACUAGCGAAACUCCCACUGCACCAAUUCUACAUGUCAUUUAGGGACCCCAAGAUUUCUCACCUGCUGCUGCAGGCUCAGUAUCCAGUGGUGGGAGUGGACAUCUACAUGCCGGUCAUUGAUGUGUUUACAGGCAGCAUCCAAGGCCGCCUACGGGUCCUUCUAGCUAUGGGUUCAGGAGAACAGAUUCUAGCACUGCAACGUUUAAAAAGUGAAGAAGGGACUUCAGCUCCUAGCGUUCAAAGGCCAACACACUUUCUGGAUCAAAUGCCAAAUAUAACAUCUGAGAUAAACAGAAGGCAUGGAAACUCAAUGAGAGAACACAUAUUUGAGAUCAAAGUUGAACGUGUAAAAGGACUGACUCCAUUACAGUCCACUGUCUGGGGAGAAGCGGACUGCUUUAUACAGUAUAGUUUCCCAGCCCAGGACACAGAAUCUGAGAGGAACUUGGACUCCCAGGCGCUAGAAAGCACAGUGAGUUUGAGGCCAUUCCGUACUACCACCACUCUGUGUGUCCCGGACCCUGUUUUCAAUGACAGUCAGAGCCACACUCUCGUCGUACCAGCUGAUGUUCCAGUACAGCGAUUGCUGCUCAGCGCUUGCUCAAGCCAAGGGUUAGCAGGCGGUGGAGGCAUUCAGUUUGAAGUGUGGUGCAGGUAUUAUUACCCAAAUGUCCGAGACCAGGUAGUGGCCCGAGGUAUCCUUCCCCUGUCCAAGCUGUGUGCCAUGGUGACCAUGCAGCGGCAGGAACACGCUGGCACACAGACCUUCAGCCUCCCUCUGAUCCCCAGAACAGACAGCGCAGAGGGGCACCACCCGCAUCCUUCAGGUUUGCUUGAUGUGUGUGUGCUGUACAAGCACUCAGUGCAGGCAGCUGAAAGCUCCAGACAGGGAGCUGGAGCAUCAUGUGUCGUGACUGUUGCAGUCCAGGUUCACCGAGCAUCAGGCCUGCAGGCUGCAGCAAGAGCUGCCGCAGAGAGGGACCGCUCGUUCCAAUACCACGCAGAUGUAGGUGUGAACACCACCGUCAGCAUGCAGCUUUCUUUCCUCCCAGAGAGUGAAAAGAGAAUGACGCGAGUUGUCGCCCGCACCUUCUGCCCUGAGUUUGAUCAUCACACAGAGUUUUCUUGUAAUCUAGUGAUCCAGAGAUCCAGUGGGGAGACCUGUAGCCUGGCUGAGUUGUUACAGGCUGCAGAAGCUACAUUUACUCUCUACCACCAUGGUGCUAAACAAGCCUCUACCAGUAGAACAUCAGAGGACACUGUACUGGGAACCGUCAAAGUACAGUUGGCAGAUUUGCUGAAUAAAAGGACAGGAAUCACUGGCUGGUUUGCAGUAAAUAUGCCAGCGGAGCGUGAUUCAGAGGCUUUACAGAACGCUGGUGGUGGAUUGGAGAUCUCGAUCAGCUUUGCUCACCAUUCUGACAGGGAGAGGGUUGUAAGUGCUGCAGAAGCCUUGGGCUGGCAUGCUGGUGUGAAUGGAGAAUGUACACAGGAGCGUGAUGAGGAUGGAGACGGAGCUGAAUGGCAGGCCGGGGAGCGGGCUUUGUCGAUCUCUGUUGCUGCUCCUCGAUUGUGGCUCCCUCUGCGCUGCCUGCUGCUUGCAGGAAGGAGAGAUCUGGAGAGGUCCACCUAUUGUUAUGUUAGGUUCAAACUGUACGACAGAGACCCUUUUUGCUCCUCUCUCCGGCACCCGUCCUUAGAGGAUGAAGACGUCACCACUGUGACUUUCAAAGAGAUCAGGACUGUAGAGCUGAGGAGCAGCCAGCCCCUGCUUUGGUACCUGAGAGAGGAAAGGCUGGAGGUACAGGUUUGGGUCGCUUUCGGAAAAGAGAAGAGGCCGAGACCUCAUGAUACUGAUCGACUAGUCGGUUCGGCUUAUGUGGACCUUUCCACAUUGGCAAAGAAGCCUCUACACAAGCUAUGCAUCAGUGGAGUGUACCCCCUUUUUAAACGCAGUGCCCCUGAUUUGUCUGGGGCUGCUGUCAGAGUCCACAUCACGCUCUCCCCAGCUCACCUGACACCUGCUCAAGAGCAGCUUUCGGCUCCUGAAGAAAGUUACCUUGAGGAUGUUAGUGAUACUGAAAUUAGGGAAGCAGAAAGUUUUGCACAUGCCAAGGACUCUCACCAUCAAAAUGUAGAAAUCCAGCAACAGAGAAAAACUUCAGGAGAUUGCGAAGGCCAAGAUUCACAAGUCGAAAACACAUUCGCAGUGAGCAUCACUGUGGAAAGAGCUAUGCAUCUUAGCCUCAAAGGCAGCCCCCUGAUAGAACGCACUGGAGUAAGCCCAAGCUGCUGUGUCUCUUACGCCACCGCAGAUGCAGCCAGUCCAGUGACAACAGCUGUAAUUGAGAACACAGACUGUCCUGUCUGGGACCACCAGCAGCAGACACGGCUUUCCAAGGAGAUUUUAGUAGAUCCACAACAGACACUGGUCUUCAAAGUUUGGCAUAAAGGAGAUGUUGAGCGAGUAAUCGGAUUCGCUUCUGUGGACCUCUCUCCCCUGCUGUCGGGUUUUCAGUCUGUGUGUGGGUGGUACAACAUCACGGACUUCAGUGGGCAAUGUCAAGGACAGAUCAAAGUGUCCAUCACUCCCCUAGGGACGGUUCAUGGCCUCCGAGAGGAGAGACUGGCAACCAGCGAGAACAAAGCAAAGGAAUCUGAUGUUUCUUUUCAAGGAUUCCCGCUGUCAUAUAGGACUACUGCCAUGUACAAUUCUUUUCCCACUCAUGUCACCAGAUAUCCAGAACAAAUCAUUAAGUCAACCAGUCCUGACUUUUUGGUCUCUGAAAGACCCUCCAAUCGGCAUGAGGAGCACGUGGACAAUGUGCGCCGAUUCCACCAGUCUUUACAGCAAGGGGACAAAAGCUUGGAAUAUGCUCAGAGCGGUGAAGCACGCUCCUCUCGUUCUGCACUUUUCACAGCUCUUAGAAAAAAUCUUGGUGAACUGGAUGAUAUUCAGAGAUAUUUCAGUCAGAAGCUGUCCACCCCUUCGUUUCCACAUGUUUCUGACCCUAAUAAAUCGUCACGACUUUCUGAAAAUGGAGACUACGUUCAAGUACCUCAAAGCAACUCUCCCAGCACUGAAGCCACACAGCUUCUGGCAAAGUCAAGCAGGCUGGUCUGUGAAGUAAACAACCUGUUUAGCGGUCAUCAUGGAAAAACUCAAGAUUUGUUUCUUGAGAAGCCUCAACUUGUGCCUGAAGUCAGCAAAGACAACGUAAGGCUCCAGGAUCAAGUCCAGUUUGAAAGAGAUUUAACUGAGGCAACAGAUGUAGCAUAUCUAGAUCUAGUAGCUGGUGCCACAAAUGAGGAAGGAAUCUCUUCUCCUAUCUGUUUCCCAACAGAAUAUCAAAACUUAAGCACAAGGGCUCGCAAUGGGCAAUUAAUUCAGGAUGAUGUCAGUUCUGAGAGUGAUCUGGCCAUGGACGAUGCUACUGAACAACGAGAUAAUAAUACCAGUGACGCCUGCUCUGAGGAUGAAUAUGAAGAGGCUGUAAUCCAACCAAGAGCCCUAAACGAUGUGACUGGAAUGACUGAUAGAACCAGUCCGUGGUCCAGCAUCGUGUCAGAACCUGAUAUGGCUUCUGUAGAGCAGCUGGAUGAAGUGGAACCACUGGGGCAGGAAAGGUUAGAAGCACAAGAAGUCUUGAGAGCUGAGGGCAGUCCGUUACCAGAUGUCCUGCAUGAUGGCCAUUCCAGCAUGCCUAGUGGUGCACAGUCGCAGAUUAGGGGGGAAUGCGUUUGGUUUGACAGCCAUGUCUCAAGCAGGCACACAGAGACGGCUUUGGGAGGAGAUGAAGGGGAAGCUCCGGUUCAGGUGGAUCGGGAUAUUGCAGCAUCCUCAGCCAUUACCAGAUUAGAUUUCUCACUGGAUUCAGGAAACCCAAGCACAGCGGAUGGACUUGAUAACAGACCGCAAGAUCUACACAGAGAGAGUCUCUGUCAUGAAAGAAGAUUGUCUAGCUCUUCUGAAUCAUUUCAGCGUGAGUUGAGCAGGAAUGAUGCUGAGGAAGCUGAUGAGGAGACCACUCCAGUCAGAUUACCUGAUCCUGAGGUUCUUCCUAAUUUUUUCCUACCAACUCAACAUCUGGAAGCAUCCAUGAGAGCCCUCCGCAUAGCCCCUGUCUUCCCCUCGUCCAGUUCAGAUACUAUGGAAAGUGGUACUGCCAAUGGAAUUCCUUUUAGAAGAGUAAAGCGCCAAAAGCCCAGUGUACCGUCACCCUCAACCAGGAAAGAAGAAACAAAAAGAAUUGCUAAGAUUUUUGCAGCUCAGUUUUCACAGAAACAGUAAUGUAUUUUCAUAUUCUUGCUACAAGGUUUUGCCCGUGUCAGUUUGUCUAUUUUAUAUGUGUGUGUAAAUUAGUGUCCAAGUGAAAUUCCCAAAACAGUUUUCUAUUAAAUGAAAAUAUUUGUAAAUGGCUAGCUACAAAAUGUUUGGCUUCACUGUAUUUUUUGUAUUUAAUUAUGUAAAAAGAUAUAUAGUUUUCUAUGAUUUUGUAUUUGUACAAGUUUCAUGAAUAAAAUUUAUAUUUUGUUAGCUUUUAAUGUUUUUGUAUUUAUGGUUUUAAUAACAAUGUUAAAGUCCCAUUCAUUUCAUAACCUUUCAUAGGCAUAUUUUUCUAAAAAUAUUUUUGUACGCCUGUCAUCUAAGUACUAAAAGGAAAAUUUGUUGAAACCACUUUGCUUGCAUCACCAAGAUGUAAUUUUAGCCUUGGCGUGCUUCUGCUGUGAUUUGCAGCAGCAGGAACGUUGGAAGCAACAUAUCCAGUUUCUAUGGUAGCUUGGGGAGUACAACUAUUAAAAAAAUAAAUGUAUGGAAAAUAAAUAAAUAAAAUGCUGAGCAUCUAUAAAUCACCUUGAAAUGACGUGGCUAUUCUAGCAGUUCUGAAAGUCUCAGUUAGUUGAGAUAUAAGAAUGCCAAUUCUCAGCUCUGUUAUAGUGUAAACGGUGGAAGAUCUAAAUUCGGAUCUAAGAUGAUUCAUAUUAGGCCCUUUUGUAUCCCACACACAUUUUUUAACUAGUCUCUUUAGUGUAUAUUUGUAUGUAACAAUAUGUAAAACACCAAGGGUUAAACUGAAACCACAAACAAGAUGUGCAAUAUUAAUGAUACCUUUAUGAUGUAAACACUUUUUCAGACCAAGUCAUGUGUCCGUCCAUAUUGUUGGGCCAAUGAUUGUAGAUUGGCAUUCUGUGCACACCUAACCUCAUACCACAAACCAGAUGAUACAAAUUUAGAAAAUCUAUUGAAUGUUGACAGAUGGCAACACACCCCUACUAAGCCAUUUAAUGAUUGGCUAUACUAUAUAUAGUUGGCAUUUCCAGUGUCUACACGCUGUUGCAUAAAUUAAUUAAGUGCACAUAAAUUUGUGCUGGUACAUAUUUCAGGUGUUUUGUUCUGAUAGACUGCUUGGGGCCCAUCCAUAUCAGCAAACACAGUCCAUUCACAUCAAUGUGUUACAGGUGUUUCCGUUCAACCCACGUUCAUGAUAUAAAAUACUUCAUUUGAUGUAUUUGUGGAAACUCUUUAAAUGAUCAAUACAUAGAAAAGACUGCCGAACGUCAUGCAACUGCUAAGUUGUUGAUAAGGUGGUGAACUGGAUUAAAGCCAGUGUAUGUGUCUGCUUAAUUGUUACAAUAAUAUGUAUUUACUGUAUAGAAUGUGCUGAAUAGAAUAGCCUCUGGCCAUCAAACUGUUGUGGAAAGUUAAUCCUAGUGUGUUUGAGCGAGCUGGCGCUGAUGGGGGUAGACUACAGUAAACACAGUGGAAAUGACUUUGGCUAAUGUGUACUGCUUAAGUUACAACAAUACAUUGUAAAGACACUUGAAAGUAAACCUAACAAAUCGGUAUAGUCCUGUCUCUUGCUGCUGCACAAUGUAGUGGUGUGUAUUUUGUACAGUACUGUAACUUAAGACGGAGUGUCUGUGGUUUGAGUAAACAGGACUGAGGGAACAUCAUGUUCUUGUUUUGUCUGAAAUCCAAAUCUGCCAAUGAGCACCAAAGCCUGACAAACUGAAAUUGCUUCCAGCCAAUAGAAUGUACUGUAACCUAAAGGGAGGGAGGGGUCUCCCCAGUAUCUUUGG